AAACAAAAAACUCAUAUGAUCAAAUUUGUAAAAGAAUCAAAAAAUAAAAAGGAACAAAUUUUGGAGGAAAUAUUGGAAGAAAUAUUCGGCAUAAAGUUUCGAAACAAAUGUUGGGAGAAAAAAUAGAAAAUAUAUUAGUUGAGCAUAAAAUUUGAAAAAUAAAAUUUGAGCCACAUGUAAAUUUCACAUAAAUUGCAACACUGCUAUUUUAUAACCUAAAAAUGAUGUUUUGGACUUCACAAAAUAUGAUUAAGUAGAUUUGAGGAUCUAAAUGUGAAAUUUAGGGACCGGAAUGAUGGUAUCGAUAGAGUAAAAUGCACUGUCGGUUCUUGAACUUAGCUCGAGGUAUCAUCCCGAUCCCUAAACAUUCAAAAUGCACAUUCAUAUCGUUUAGAUCGUUAAACUUGCUAAUUAUUUUAUCCCCAAACAUUCAAAAUGCACAUUCAUAUCAUUCAGAUCAUUAAAUUUGCUAAUCAUUUCACUAGAAUGAUAAUUUGAACCUUCUGUGAUAUGAUUAGUAAGUUUGAGGAUUGAACAUGCAUUUUGCAAGUUUGAGAAUCUAAACGAGGAUCAGCAAGUUUGAGCUACCGGUGGUACAUUCUACUCGUAUAGUAUUUUCUACCCCAAUAUUCCAGGCCCGUCUCGCGCUCCUGCCCUGCCUGAUUAGUGAUUAGCUCCACUACAAAUCUGAAUCCAAGGUUCGUCGGAGCUGCGCCGCACUACCUCUGCAGGACUGCAGCCAGGAGACAGACUAGGCAUCGACUCUGCCGCCGCCGCCGCUUCCUCUUCCUCCCCUAGCUUCGCUAGGGAAGCCGGGGGUUGAGAUCCCAUCCCGUGUACGGGCAAUUAAAGGAGAUGGGGAUGGGGAUGGGGGAGGAGGAGGAGGAGGAUCGUGCUGACUUCCUGCAGUGGCUGGGUCCGGACACCUCCGCCAUCGUCUUCACGCUGCUCCAUCACCCCGCCGACCUCGCCCGCGCCUCCGCCGUCUCCCGCUCAUGGCGCACCUUCGUCAUCGCAAACCAGUUCAGCAAGAUUCAGUGCCUGCGAGUCUGUCCCGAGGUUUCCAACUUCACCAGUAUUGAAGCAAGCAGUUCUGGCAGUGAUGUAAAGGAAGAUGUUGGAUCAAGCGCUGCUGCUGGGUGGGAGAACCAGAAGAGAGAUCACAGGGUUUAUAUGCAUCUUAGUCAUUCUCUGCUCUCACAUUACAAUAGCAGGAAUUGCAUCAUCCGGUGCAUAGGUGCAUCGAGCACUGACAAUUUUCCAGAAGAGACCAUAGAAAAUACCCUUGAACCAAUUGAUCAUGUGGAGAUGAGCCUGUCUUAUUGGUCCAGCGGGGGCCAAAGGGAUCCUAGUUUCCCCGAAUGCCUCAUAUACAUGCUUCACUCAGAUCUUUGCCUCAUUGAUGAAAUCAAGAUACAGCCAUUCCAAGCAUUUUUCCAGUACGGUAGCCCAAUAUACUCAGCGCAGUAUGUUCGGUUCCGGAUGGGUUAUCCAAAGUUGCCUCUGUGUCCUGAACAACUUGUAUCCGAUGAGAACGAAGGUCAGCUGACUGCUGAUGACAACUAUACCUGGACUUAUGCAUCUCCAGAGUUUCCAAUGUUGCAGAAUGUCGCACAAUCAUUUAAGCUUCCACAUGCUGUUGUAUGCAUCGGCGGGGUGGUGAAGAUUGAGCUUCUCGGGAGGAUUCAGAAACAGGCAAUAGAUGGUCUUUACUACUGUGUCCCAUGUCCAAAUAUUGGGGAAUCCGCUGUCGCAGGAGCUAUCGGUGGCUCCUCGCGAGAAUGGUGUAGUCCUCAAGUACCACCCAGAACCUCGAAGAAGCAUUGCGCGCUGCUCUGACUUGGGGGGAGAAGAUGGGAGCAGCCCCUCGAACUGGCAUAACUUUGCAACGAGAAUCUGGCAGUCAGGCACUGGCCGAGGAAUCGGGUGGAACCAAGCGCUGCUGAGCAGGCUGCUGUUCGGACCUCCAUUGCAGUUGUUGGAGGAAGAUGACGACGGCGAUAUAUCAUAGGUGGUGGUGGUUUGACAAGCACUCCUCGCAAACAACCGCUCCGUUUGAUUUAGUGUUGUUCUGUUUCUUUUCUUGUUGUCUUGUGUGGAAUAAUAAGAGAGUCUGUAACAGAGAAUUCUUGAAUUCUUUCAUACUUACACCACUUGCUGCUGCUGCUGCUGCUGCUUCAGCAGACGAUGAACAAGGCGAGAUGGCAACUACUUUCUUCUAAUA